UCCGGGUGGCCUGAGAGGCGGCACGCAAAGCCGCAUGGAUAGCUUGGCGCAGGGCCGAUGGAGACGACGAAGGAUCGAGGAGCUGCCGGCCGCAGGGGACUCGAAACGUGCAUGCAGGAGGUCAGAAGCUGGUGGCCAUGAGUACAGCAGCCACAUGGUAAGCACCUGUGCCCUGCUGUCCCGGAGCACAGACGACCAGGAGCCACGGCCACGAGGCCCGCCUGCACCGCGACCAGAGUGUGGCCAGGAGAGGCCGAGCUCAGUGAGUCUGCAGAACGGCGGAAGGAGCUCAGCCCAGCCUUGCCUGAGAUGCAUUGCGGGAGAGUCUGGCCAUUUUAACCAUACCGUGAAUCAUUAGAAGAUGCAAACGGGAAGAAGGAAGAUUCCAGUUGGGUUUGAACCCCCAUGCGACAGCCAGUGCAAAUCCCUUCCAGCUGACCUGGGUGUCCACCUGAGGGCCAGUGCAGAUCCCUUCCAGCUGACCUGGGUGUUCACCUGACGGCCAGUGCAGA